AAACGCCACACUAACCGCAUUGAGUUCAUAAAACAAAGUUUAAUUAACCUUCCCACCUAAAGACGAUGAAGAAACCUCCUCCUCCCCUUAAAACCAUUUAUAAAUCUUCUUUGUUUCUUUGAAAGAUUCUUGUACUAUAAAUCUCCUUGGAAUCUACAAAACCUUACCACAAAACACACUUCUGUCUUGUCCUUUACACUCUUCAACAAGUUAGGAAGAAACCAGACAUCUCUCUCACUCUAUCUAACGGUCGGAAUUCGGAAACUAAAAAUGUGUUCUCACCGUUGCUUUCUUAUACUCAUCUUCUUCCUCGCUUCACAUUCUUCCGUUACUUCAAGAAACUUGCCAAAGACCUCCGUCACUACUUCAACUAUUCUCAAUGUAGCUGACUCCAUUGACAAAACGAAGGGUCCGACGUCGUUUCAGUUGAACCAGCAAGAAGAACAGAGUUACUAUCAUUCUUCCACUUCAUUCACCUUGCAGCUUCACUCACGAGCUUCCGUCCGAGGAACCGAACACACAGACUACAACUCCCUCACACUAGCCAGACUCCACCGUGACACAGCCCGAGUCAAAUCCCUCAUGUCUCGUCUAAACCAAGCCAUCAACAACAUAUCCAAACCACAUCUCAAGCACACAAUGCACACCACGGAGCAGGAAGAGAUCGAAGCUCCUCUAAUCUCCGGCACAACACAAGGAAGCGGCGAGUACUUCACACGCGUGGGAAUCGGAAACCCAGCGCGUGAAGUCUACAUGGUGCUCGACACAGGAAGCGACGUAAACUGGCUACAGUGCGCACCUUGCGCCGAGUGUUACCACCAGACCGAACCCAUCUUCGAGCCCACCUCUUCCUCCUCUUACACAACUCUCCCCUGCGACGCACCACAGUGCAAAGCCCUCGAAGCCUCCCAAUGCAGAAACGACACGUGUCUCUACGAGGUCUCAUACGGCGACGGCUCCUUCACCGUCGGCGACUUCGCCACCGAGACGUUCACCAUCGGGUCGACUUCCGUCGACAACGUCGCCGUCGGGUGCGGCCACCGCAACGAGGGACUCUUCGUCGGCGCCGCCGGUCUCCUCGGACUCGGCGGCGGUCUCCUCGCUCUCCCGUCGCAGCUCGACACGACGUCGUUCUCUUACUGCCUCGUCGACCGCGACUCGGACUCCUCCUCCACCGUCGAGUUCGGAACCGACCUCCCGAGCGACGCCGUCGUAGCGCCGCUGCUGCGUAACCACCUGCUCGACACGUUCUACUACGUCGGACUCGCCGGGAUAAGCGUCGGCGGGGAGAUGCUGGAUGUUCCGGCGACGGCUUUCGAGAUGGACGAGUCGGGAGGCGGAGGGGUGAUCAUCGACUCUGGAACCGCUGUGACUCGUCUCCAGACCCGAGUCUACGACUCGCUGAGAGACGCGUUUGUGAGAGGGACGACGGAUUUGGAGAGAGCGGCGGGUGGUGUUGCGAUGUUCGACACGUGUUAUGAUCUUUCGAGUAAGACGACUAUUGAAGUGCCUGCGGUGGCGUUUCAUUUUUCUGGAGGGAAUGUGUUGGCUUUGCCGGCGAAGAAUUAUAUGAUACCGGUGGAUACGGUGGGGACUUUUUGUCUUGCGUUUGCACCGACGGCGAGUUCGCUUGCGAUUAUUGGUAACGUGCAGCAGCAAGGGACACGUGUCGGUUUUGAUCUGGCGAAUUCUCUUAUUGGAUUUUCUACGAAUAAAUGCUAAGCAUUUUUAAAAUUAAUCUUCCACGAUUAUGAGGUCUCAAAUUUCUCGUAAUCUGAUUAUUUAUUUAUCUUGUUAAGUCGUCAUAUACUAUAGUUUCCUAAUCACGAUGCAGCAACGACCAUAAAUUCG